AUGGGUGACUGGAGUUUCUUGGGGAACAUUUUAGAGCAGGUGAAUGAGCAGUCCACUGUCAUCGGGAGAGUUUGGCUCACGGUGCUCUUCAUUUUCCGCAUCCUGAUCCUGGGAACAGCUGCCGAGUUAGUGUGGGGAGACGAACAGUCAGACUUUGUGUGCAACACCCAGCAACCUGGUUGCGAGAAUGUCUGCUAUGAUGAGGCCUUCCCCAUCUCCCACAUCCGGCUCUGGGUCCUGCAGAUCAUUUUUGUAUCCACGCCUUCGCUAAUGUACUUCGGGCACGCAGUGCACCAUGUCCGCAUGGAGGAGAAGAGGAAAGAGAGAGAAGAAGCUGAGAGGCGUCAGCAAGCUGAGGUGGAUGAAGAGAAGUUGCCCCUGGCUCCAAAUCAAAACAAAGGCAACAACCCUGAUGGGACCAAGAAGUUUCGCCUGGAGGGUACCCUCCUGAGAACCUACAUCUUCCACAUAAUUUUCAAAACCCUCUUUGAGGUGGGAUUCAUAGUAGGUCAAUAUUUCCUGUACGGCUUCAGAAUUCUCCCCCUUUACCGCUGUGGGCGGUGGCCCUGUCCCAAUCUUGUGGACUGUUUUGUCUCUAGGCCCACGGAGAAGACCAUCUUUAUUAUGUUCAUGCUGGUGGUGGCUUCUGUGUCCCUCUUCCUCAACCUGGUAGAGAUCAGUCACUUGAUCCUGAAAAGGAUCCGGAAGGCUCUGAAACCAGCGGAGGAAGAGAUUGGGGAGGUCCCAGAGAAGCCUCUCCCUGCCAUCACAGUCCCCUCCAUCCCAAAGGCCAAAGGCUACAAGCUGCUGGAAGAAGAGAAGCCAGUGUCCCACUAUUUUCCUCUCACGGAAGUAGGGGUUGAACCCAGUCCCCUUCCAUCAGCCUUCAAUGAGUUUGAGGAGAAGAUUGGGAUGGCACCAUUAGAAGAUCUCUCUAGGGCAUUUGAGGAGAGGUUACCAUCAUAUGCACCAGCGAAGGAACCAGAAGAGGAGAAGGUGGUAGCAGAGGAAGAGGAACAAGAAGAGGAGCAGCCAGUACCUCAGGAAGAGCCAGGGGUGAAGAAAGUAGAGGAGGUGGUGACUGAUGAAGUGGAAGGGCCGUCAGCACGUGCUGAACUCGCCACUGAUAUGAGACCCCUCAGCAGGCUAAGUAAAGCCAGCAGCCGGGCCAGGUCAGACGAUUUGACUGUAUGAAGCUGCAGGAUACGGGGAGCACAUGAAAAAGAAAAGGUUGAAGAGAAAAGGAGAGAUAGAGAAAGAAUCAAACGAUAUUUUUAAUCAAAGUGCUAAAAUGGCCAUUUGAAUAUUAUUUCCUCUUGAGAUUCUCAACUGGAAAGGUUCUAUCAUGGUAACUGUGCCUUAUUUACCCUGUCAUGUCCAUUUGAAAAGGAACGUUUUCCCUGUUUCCACAUGCC